AUGCGCCCAUGGAUUUACUCCUCCAGUCUUCGGCUCUUGCGUCCGCGCAGAGGAGUUGCCACCGCGUACCGGGGCGCGCGGUUUCUCUCGACUUCGCUCGACUGCGUCGACGAGACCGUGUCGAUUCCUGCCGGAAACAAUGGAUUAGUGUCGUUGCAAGUGACGCGUCCAACCGCGUCAGGCCCAUCCCACGGGCAAUCUUCGCGCCCGAAUGUUAUUUUGUAUCUCCCACCCGGUCCCUUGUUUCAGGAGACGGGGACAAAUCAAGAAAACCCGCAGGAUUCGAAAUCCUCGGAACCAGGGAGUCAUUAUGGCGAAUGGGAACUCGCAUCCCCAUACGCAAAGACUCUCCCCCAACAUGUCCUCGCGUCCACGACGGCCGCGACAGUGGUCACGGUCAACUAUCGCCUGGGAAAGAUAGAGGCACCGCGGAUCUCAUCCCUGGAACCAACCCCGGAUUCCCAGGACUCGCUCGCCAUCAACGAUGAGGCACUCCGUGCAUUCAAUUCCCGCCCCAGCUUCUUUCAAUAUCCGACCCCGGUCCAUGACACGCUCGCCGGGUUCGACUGGAUCCAGACCCAUCUCCAGCCUACGCACAUCGCAGUUUUCGGCUCCCAUAUCGGCGGAUCCCUGGCUCUUAUGCUCGCUUUGACCGAAGCACAGUCGGUGCGGGCCGUCACGGCAUUGGAACCAGUCUGCGACUGGCCUGGCUUGGAUGAGUACUGUGCAACCGAGGUUGAACCAGCACAUAUGCCUCUGGAUUUGAAUGACACUGGUAUUCCCCGUGCGGAAUCCUCAGUCACCGCAUAUACGAAGCAAACGCGACCACCUAAGAAAAAGACCGCAAGAGUGGCGUCGCCGGACCUGGUCCCGCUGCUUAAGGCGCGCGAACAGCUUUUCUCGUCCCCAGAACGCUGUUUCGACGCAUUCGCCUCCCCGAUUCUCUUUCUACGCUCCGCAGGAAGAGACGUUCCCCGAAAAUUCCCUCGCUAUCUCACAGGUCCAGAGUAUCCGGUCCCGGUCUUGCAAAGCUCUCCCAUGACAACCACCACAGAGCAAACCGCCGCUUCUGAUGACGAUUCCUGGGACCGGGAACCGGACCCGUCUCUCGAGUCUGACGAGGAAAAAGCCAUCUACGGAAAGUCCACGUCCACUCUCCCCGAUAGUUCCUCGGGAGUGGCUCGCCGCCGAAAGGCUCUCUCCCGCUGGCCUCCAUACGGACUCGAUUACGGGCUCAGUGGCCAGACCUGGUCAGGCCCGGGAGAUGGAAUCAGCCGGCUUGAGCUGACGCUGCCCUGGGUACGGGUUUUGCUGCGGGAGCCACUGGCGGGAUUGUCACCCGCUGCCCUGAUAGACUCAUCAUCUUCGUCACACUCAAAACUGUCCAGGUCUAACCACCCUGGCCCGGGUCCUACGGUUCUUGCUCGGCAAGCGGGUGAAAUGGUGUCUGUUAUGAGACGAGCUUGUUUUUGGGGUCGUGAGAAGGGGUUCGGGGAGCGGAGAGUGACCUUAUCGUCCCUUCAGAACAUUCAAACUCAGGAUGCCGAUAGCAACCGGGAUGUUAUAACACGAGAGGUGGGAGAGUGGCUGAUAAGUGUCUUUGAGGAGUCUAUUGAAAACAGGGAGUAA